AUGCGUGUGGGACGACCUAGCGUGUCGUGAAGUGCCCGUCUGUUUGUCCGUAGGGCUGUUGGUAUGCCUGUCUCUCGCUCGCUCUCUCUCUCUGUGCUUUGUCUUCGAUCCAUGAUGUGUGGAUGUGUGUCGUGUGCACAUCGCAUUCUGUUUCUCGACAUGAAUGCUGGCAACCUUACCAAACGACAUGUCGUUGCAAACAUUACAGUCCGCUCAUUUGUUCAGUCAUCGCCUUGCACCACCCCCGGCGGCUCCAACAGAUCAGCAUUCCCAGCAUCAUCAUCGCCGUCGCUCAGCCACCUGACCCCUCUGCCCCUCUCACCCCCCUCACUCGAGUCGCUCUCGAGCACAUUCGCCCCCGACUGAUGAAGGCCCACCGACGGCGAGCCCAUCUGCGGCGUCGAGUCGCCCAGCUCGGAGGCGUACGAGCUGUGCCGGUGCUGCAGCCGACGACGGAUCACUUCGGUGGCCACACGCUUCUGCACAUACACCAGCUGCCUCAACGUCAACUCGGCCAGAGUGGCCCUGAACUUGGCGGCCGGGAGGCCGUGCUCGCCGUCGUAUGGUUGCCUUGUGGGAUUGGGCAAUCGAGAGGCGGUUUGAGAGACCGCGUGUCUCGCGGGCAGCGGGGGGAGCUGCAGGUGGGCUGGGGCCACUGAGUGGGAGUGAAGAGCCACGCUGGCCAUCGUCGUGAGCGUCUCAGCUCCUUCCGGCGCCUCUUCCUCUUCUCCAGCACGAUCAGGCCAGCCCAUGCGUGGGAACUCCGGCGUCUGCGGCUGUUGCUGCGGCUGUUGCUGCUGAUCUUCGUGGCUAAUGCCGCGUGUCUCCUCCACUUGUUGCUGUUGUCUCUUUGGCGACUCGAGCGGGUCGGUGACGUGUCUCUUGGGACUGCGGGUGGGGGUUGACGGGUGCAGUGGAGGUGUGCGGCUGCCCGACUGCUUCAUCCCAAAGGUACAGCUCCUGGAGUACUGGGGGCUGCCGGGCAGGGACUUGUCCUUCUUCCAGACAGAAAGGAGAACUCAUACAGGCGUCUUUGCCAAUGUUGUACCUACCUCUUUCUCCUUGUUUGAGUCGAGCAUCUGCAGCUCCCUCAGCCGCCUUCUCCCCUCGGCCUCCAAGCGGGCUGCCUCGUUCGGAAAUUUUCGCAGCAGCUGCUGGAAGGUGCCGCGCUGGAUCACCCGCAGGUCGCAGAACGUCACUGUCCUGGCAGGCAGGAUCAGAAUGCAGCCUAGGUGUAUUCUGUUGUGAAAGUAUGACUAACGUAUGUGCGUUAGUUACUUGAUUGUUGCUGUGCGUUUGUUGCUGAUGCCCAGCAAGGCCAUCUCGCCAAACACAGAACUGCAGAAGAGGGGUACAUGAUUGGUCAGGUCACAUGGCCCGCCUGGCCUGCCUGCAGAUGGACGGGGUUCCUACCCUUCAGACAGAGUUGCAACCUUGACGCCGCCCUUGAGCACGCUGCAGCCAUACAUCCACGCACAGACGCGGGCAGCUGCAUGUGUGUGCUUAUGUGUUUCGCCUCGGUCGCUCACUCGACAGUCCCAUUUGCGAGGAUGUACAUCGAAUCGCCGAUGGAGUUCUCCUGCAGCACCACCUCGCCAGGGCUGACGCAACGAAGAAAAGAAAACAAUCAAGGACAGCUCUCUCGUGCCUAUGAGUGUGCCUCUUGCCCUUGCCUGAAGUAUCUCCUUUGCAUUUCGCCGCAGACGUCGGCGACAAACGACUCAUCGGCGCCUUGAAACACCGGCGCGUGACGAACAAUGCCUGAAAAAUGUGACAGACAUCAGCAAUGGUGACAAAUAUGGGUGGUGUGCGUUUCUUUCUGUGUCGGUCUGUUGACCAGCGUUGAUGUGCAGAGCAACCUCCUGCCUCAGCUUCGACGACAGCUCGCUCAUCAGAUACUUCUCGUCCUCCAUGUCGUCACGACCCAGCUGAUACCUGGUCCACCAAUGCAGGCAGACAGACACUUGCGCCGAAACCUCCCAACACGUCCCCUCACCGACCGACCGAUCGACUGACCUUUUGAGGAACAUGAAAUACUCCCUGACGCGUCUCUGGAGCGGCAAGGGGAGGUCCUUGGCCUUGAGGAAUGUGUUGAUGAGGUCCAUCUUGCGCUUGAAGCGCAUCUGGGAGGCGUUGAGCUCCUUGACCAGAGACAUGAUGACGGUGAUGAGGGUUGCGAGGAUGCAGCUGCCGGCGAUGGUCGCAAACACCUGGCAGACCAGCUCUUCCGUCGAUAUCCCUCGCACAUCGCCGUAGCCGAUGGUCGUUACUGAAUCAAGGCAGGGAAGACAAAGGAAGGUGAGCACAUCGACAGGAGUGGCGGGCUGUCUGUGUGUGUCGAUUGAUUGAUGUCCACCAGUGGAGGCGGCAAAGUAGAGGGCAAAGACAUAUCUCAUGCCAUUGCCGUCGUCCCGCAAACCAUGGUCAUCAACCCAGCUCUCUCGGUCUUCGUACAUCUGCACAACACAAUGAGCGUCUAGAAACGCCUCACGUGUUCCCCCCUCUUUCUAUCAAUGCCGGCUGACCGUGUUUAGGGCAGCCACGUGGAAGAUGCAGCAUAUCCAGUGGCACGUCAGGGAAGCCAGGAUGGCGAACUUGAUGAUCGACACCACCGAGCCCUUCAGCACCAGGGCCUCCUCUAGCCUCUCAAAGAUGCGACCGAGGCGGAGUAGACGCAGCAAACGGGCAAUCUGUAGACGGAGACACGCAGAAAUAAAGUCGCCCAUUACACAGGAACGAAAAGAUGCCUCCUGCUGACUGGCCUUGAGCAGUUUGAAUGCCCGGAAGUAUUUGGCGGUUGUGGAUUUCUCUCCGCCGACAGUCCAGAGGAAGAUGAGGUCGAUCGGGAUGGAGGCCAGGAGAUCGAACAAAAACCAGCCCCUCAGGUACUGACCGACACCGACGAGACACAAUCAAAACAAGCGGGAGAAGGAACGGCCUUCUGACACUUCGUCCGCUCUCUGCACCUUGUUGGCGAUCUGUCGACGGUCAAGAAUGACCUAAACAAUGGGAGAAAUGGAGAGACACCUCUCUGUCUCUGCAGGCAUCCACACAUAAUCCGGCUUCCUCCUACUUGUCCGUCAGACUCGAUGCCAGUCUGCACAAACAGCCAUCCGUUGCAGAUGGAACAACAGUAAGACCGUGUGUGAGACCUCUGUGUGUGCAUUUCAGGUGUUGGCUGACACACGUUGAAGUUGACAAAGAGGUCAAGGAUGAAGAUGGCGUCCACCAACUGCAUGAUUUGGCAUCGCCACACGCACACACGUGUCAGUGUGUCAGUGUGUGUCUGUCAGUGCAUGAAGGAUUCGUACACGGUUGAGUUCGAACCAUGGCGAGUCCAGAAACACGUCAAAGCACACAACAAACGGCUCCAACACAGCUGCACGACACAAACAGACACACACGAAUAUAUCUCUCCACAGAUCUACGUCUUCUUCAAUGGCAAUUCCUACCCGAGAAGACGAUGAAGAAGAGCAUGAACGAAUCGUAGCGGAUUCGGACCUCCCCGAAUGGGUGGAGAACAAGGUCUCCCCGCAGACUUGACCGGGUCCCAAAGUUGACGUCCAACAACCCUGUGUGGGCCCGACGCAGACUCUGCAUGCUCUUCAUCGCAAGGCUCGCCAUACUCUUCCUUUUCUGUGUUGUGGAGGAGAGCCUUUUCCCUUCGGGGGAGACUCCACGUCUGAGACUGGGGGCCCUGACGCGGCCCUCGCUGCUCCCGGUGGUUGCGUCGGUUCAAAGAGAGUGCACGGGUCUUCGAUCUGUCACUGGGGCGCUUGGACGAGUUCCAG